AUGGAACAGGCGUUUCUGGAAGACGAGAGGUACGACGUUAGCUCUGUGGUAUUGAAGUGGCGGGUGAUGUGGUGCGGUGGCUAUGCCUGUACUGCGCAACCAGAGCGACCGGACUCAGGUAUGACGGAGAUUGGCGUAGAUUUUGUGCAGUUCCCUACUACCAACGCGUGUGGCAUGGAGCAUGCGUUGUUGGUGGUAGAUACGCUUGCACGUAUGGUAUUUGUAUGGGUGUUUCCACCUAGUGUUGAUGCUGGAGAUGCUGUUCGGUUUUUGGAGGAGCAGCAGAUUCUGGCAUUGGCAGUCCCGCACCGGAAUACUAUGGAUGUAGAUUCGGUAUUCAGCACGAAUGCUAUGGCUAACCUUUGUGAGGCGCGGCAGAUUGAGCCGCAUUAUGUGUCAAUCGAUCGUCAUCAGGGCAAUGGGAGCGCAGAGGUCCUUAUUUGGAUCAUGAAGGAUUGGCUCAAGCGAGAAGUUGCGGCUGCCAAUGUAGAUGUAGGGUAA